CUGACACUGGCCAGGCCACCCUAUCAACAUCAUUCGGUUUAUUCGGAAUAUUUAUUUUGGGGGAAAAAUUGAGAAAAUUUUGAGCUUAUAGGAGAAUUUAGGAGGCACAACAUCUUUUUAGACUGAAUUCGCAUUUUUUAAAAAAUUUUUUGAAGAAAUUAUCGGUCGGAUUGACGUGGAAAAAUAGGUUUCUGCGUUUUGUCGUUAUUUAAGGGAAGAGUCCUGGUGGUGCUAUGAUUUUUACGCGGUUUUUAGUCAGUUCUGUGAAUCUUUUUGAAAGUUUAGAAAAAACGCAGGGAAAUGUUCGCACCACAUGGGAACUUCGUGAUUCAUUAAAUAAUGAGGAAAGCAAAAAAGUUAUAGUUUUUGCUCGUCAAUCUCAUUAUCAGUUUGUCGGAGAAAUCAAAGAACCGAGGAAUCUUAACGGAAAGAGUGUAGCACGAAAUUACUGCCGGUAUCUUCUCAUUUUUCAUGAUUUUUUUUUCACGUCAAUUUGAUUAACGACUUUUUUUUUUAAUUUGGAGAAAACUCGAAAAAUGAGAAUAAAUCGGCAAUAACUCGUCAAAGGAAGUUAUUAUUUCUAGAAAGCAGACGGAAAUCAGAAAAUUCGAAGGGAAAAUUAAUAGUCAGUGAUAAGCUCUCUCGAAUUUUCAUAAUAAUUCAAAAAAAUUCCUAAGAAGUUCGAAUUCAACAUACGAUUUCCCAGAAUUUUCAUAAUUCCUAGGACAAAGAAUAGAAAAGAAAAAAAUCCUCAAAUCCAGAAACUUGAACUUUACCCGCUAAAAAAAACAAGUUGUCUUGAAUCUAUAUAACUUUCCCCGACACAAGUAAAAUGAUUUCUUUCAAAUUAGACACUCCUCCCCUCUCCCUCAACUCCCAGAUUGCCAAUGCUAAAUAUUUUACACAUGAUAAAUAUCACCGUGUCCGAAAUUUUCCAAUCGCAUACGAAAAAUGUCAGUGAAAUAUUAAAAGGAGUGAGUAGUGCUGGAUCUAAAUAACGUGAUGAUGGAAACGUCAAUUGGUAUGGGAUGCUGGAUGAAACGAGUGCACUCGUCAUCGAGAAAAGAUAGAUUACGAGGUCAUGAUGCUAAAGGGAAGAGGACAUCUGGUGUUCUCAUUUAAUGCGCACUUGUGUGUCUUGUAUUUUUGGUUUGGUGGUGUAUGGUCUGGCGACUCGAUCGGUUAGCUCGACUCGUUCCACUGUAUUCUCAUUUAUCCUUCGAAAUUCGGUGGUGUCGAUGUGUGGGCUCAUUUGCUGGGGUUGAACGGAGAUAUUACCGGGUGGAUAAAUAAACGUCGCUGGUGGAGGUCUGUGCUGAAUAAAAUGUGCUCAUGGAGAUGGAUUCAUGAUGAACAGGAGGGACAGAGCUCGAGGGAACAAGAAGCAACAGAGUCACAAUGACAUAAAGAAGCUCAGACGUGAAAACGAGCAGUUGAGACGUGAGAUAUGGUGUCUGCGGGAGGAGUACGACAAGUUAGAGGAGAUACUCAAGAGCCAAAAGUCAAGGGAGGACAGUGAAAACGACGAGGAUUUCAGCGAGGAGUGUACCACAGGCUCUAGCCAAGGGGAUGAGGACGAAGACGAAGAGGAUGAGAUCAGCGAUGUGGACGAUAGCAUCGAGAAAUCGUUAAAACCCGAGUCAAUUCAGGAGGAACUUCUUGAAAAUGCUGAGAAUCAGAAAUUAUCGUCGGAAAAAAUGAACAGCAGUAUUCAUCGUCUCCAUGUGGAAUUCGAUCAAUUAUCAACAGUACCAGAGGAGGAUGAGACAAAGAGAGAGAAGAUCACGAGUAAAAAAGAGGAGAGAGAUUUAAUUAAACCAGAGACAACGGAAACAAACGAAAUGUACGAUAAAGGGAGGGAGAACUACUUGACCGGACACACACUUAAUUGGAUAUACAGUCCCGAGUGUCCAGUAUUACCUUCCAUGAACGAUCAAUCAGUCUACCAUCCACAGAGCCCAAGUACACAGCAUUUAAUCCCCUCCUCGCCAAGCCAAGUGCCUCGACUAGGUUGGGAGGCAAUUUUUGAUGUUAAAUCACCGACAAAUUCUCUCGUAUCACCCGGUGAAUCCAUCCCCUCAGUCUGCGAUAACCAGAAGACAUCACCGGAUAUAUGUGUGUCAGGUGCAGUCGCUAACCAAUUACACAAUUCUCACAGCUCUGAUAAUCUUCUAUCAAAUCCACGAGAUAAUUUGGAUAAUUUGGAGAAAACUCUGUGGCACUCGUGUCAGGAGUUGAAAUCCAAUUUAUUCAGGGAAGAGAAUGCCAUCAAAGGGGGUUUAGCUGCUAAGAGUUUACCUGAUAAUUCAAGGGAUAGCCCCAAGGCUUUUCGUAGCCAGUUGAGAGUACGACUGACUCAACCCCUGGAUAAACCACCUGAGGUGCCUCCGCAGAUGCCACGUCUCGACUGUACUUUAUGCCCCACAACUUUGCCCUCUGAUCGACGACAUCGUAGAUUAAUUCGACAGAUGCAACGCCAGGAGUACCAGGCAACCUCCUUCGAGCAUCCAAAUCCACAAACUUUGAAUUUACCAGUUUCUGGCAAUCCCUUUCUCCCGAAAUCCGAUGGUGGGAUUUAUAAGGAUGUCGGGUAUCUUCCUGGGUGGCAGGAUGUUCUCCCACCCCCGAGGGUCGACAUUCAGACACAGACGCAGAGUCAGAGUCCUACUCCCAGUGACAGCUCUGGCCAAGAGCGCAAGGAUAAGGAUAAGGAUAAGGUCAAGGGCCAUGAGAGGAGGAAGGCGGUCAAGAAGGAGAGAGUCUCCACUCCAUCGGUUGAUGGAAAGAGGCAGAGGAGGGGUAAUUCACAGGCUUCCAAGGGAAGAACAUCCUCCAGGAGUCAGAGUGUGGUUUGUGGCGAGGGUGAGCUCAAGAGUUUCAGGGAUACUAUUGCUGGGGGCAUCGAGGCUGAGAGGGAGUUGAGGAAAAGUAGUAUGACGAAUGAGAAGGUGCCCUGGUGCGCCUGCUGGGGGAAUGGAUGUUUUUGAGAAUUUCUUCAGGGGGCAUAAAUCUUUGGCGGUGAAAUAAAGGGAAAAUAUUCUCUACAAUUCCAUUUAAUAAAAGAAAUUUCAGAGGCUCGUGAAGGUUUAUUUAUUAAAGAAACUACUGAAUUUAGGGGAUGAUGUUAAGAGACAUUUUUUGGAGGGAAUUUCAAUAGCUAGAGAAAAGUUUUUUAACGUUUUCAUGCUGUGUCGAUUGUUUUGGAGAUGAAUGAAUUAUUUGAGGACUUGUAAAUGGAUUUACGAAACCGAUUAAUCGAUUCAAGAAAACUUCUUACUCGAUGCUAGAAAAGUUUUUCCGCAAUUUUGAAAAUUCAUUUAAUUCAGUUAAUUCUAUUAUUUCUAUAUUUUUUAU